UGAAGGGUGGGGUGGAGGCACAGCGUGCGUUAGUCCCCGCGGGGCCGGGUGAGGCGUUUGGGCGUUUUCUGUGGGAAAAAGGGGCAGGAAAAGGGCUGUGAAGAACCUAGAGGGGACGCAAACCCAUCGAGUGUGAUGUGAGGCCGAGCCGGGGAGAUGCUCUGCACGGCGGUGGUGAUGGCAGGGAGCCUGGCGCUGACGACGGCGGUGGUGGCUCACGCCUAUUACCUGAAGCACCAGUUCUAUCCCACCGUGGUUUAUCUUACCAAAUCCAGCCCCAGCAUGGCUGUUCUCUACAUCCAGGCUUUUGUGUUGGUUUUUCUCCUGGGUAAAUUUAUGGGCAAGGUGUUUUUCGGGCAGCUGCGGGCAGCGGAGAUGGAGCACCUACUGGAGCGGUCGUGGUACGCCGUGACGGAGACCUGCCUGGCCUUUACCGUCUUCAGGGACGACUUCAGCCCUCGCUUUGUUGCCCUUUUCACCCUCCUCCUCUUCCUCAAGUGCUUCCACUGGUUGGCUGAAGACCGGGUGGACUUUAUGGAAAGGAGCCCCAACAUCUCCUGGCUUUUCCACUUCCGUAUCGUCUCCCUGAUGUUCCUCCUGGGAAUCCUGGAUUUCCUCUUCGUUAACCACGCGUACCACAGCAUUCUCACGCGAGGAGCCUCAGUCCAGCUCGUCUUCGGCUUUGAGUACGCCAUCCUCAUGACCAUGGUGCUCACCAUCUUCAUCAAGUACGUUCUGCACUCCAUCGACCUGCAGAAUGAGAACCCUUGGGACAGCAAAGCCGUCUACAUGCUGUACACGGAGCUCUUCACGGGCUUCAUCAAAGUCCUCCUCUACAUGGCCUUCAUGACCAUCAUGAUCAAAGUCCACACCUUCCCGCUCUUCGCCAUCCGCCCCAUGUACCUGGCGAUGAGGCAGUUUAAGAAAGCGGUGACGGAUGCCAUCAUGUCUCGCCGGGCCAUCCGCAACAUGAACACACUCUACCCUGACGCCACGCCGGAAGAGCUGCAGGCCAUGGACAACGUCUGCAUCAUCUGCCGCGAGGAGAUGGUGACGGGCGCCAAGCGUCUGCCUUGCAACCACAUCUUCCACACCAGCUGCCUGCGGUCGUGGUUCCAGCGCCAGCAGACGUGUCCCACCUGCCGCAUGGACGUUCUCCGGGCUUCCCUCCCGGCACAGACGCCUCCCGAGCCGCCGGAGCAAGCCCCACAGCCGCCCCAGACCCCCCAAGUCCCCCAGCCCCCCAACUUUCCCCAGGGGAUCCUUCCCCCCUUCCCCCCAGGAAUGUUUCCCUUCUGGCCGCCGGUUGGUCCCUUCCCGCCAGUUCCUGGUGUUCAACCGCCCAACAGCACCGAAAACACCGCGCCGAGCUCCAGCACCGCUUCAGCUUCCAGGCCCAGUGAUGCUGCCAACGCCGGAUCGGAAGCUGCCGCUGCGGGGACGGUGCCGGCGUUUCCUUUCCCCCCGCCGUGGAUGGGAAUGCCGUGGCCGCCCCUCUUUGGCUUCCCCCCGAUGCCGGUGCCGCCGGCUGGCUUUGCCGGUUUGACAGAGGAAGAACUUCGAGCCAUGGAAGGCCACGAUCGGCAAAACCUGGAAGCGCGGUUACAGUGUCUCCAGAACAUCCACACCCUCCUGGACGCUGCCAUGGUGCAGAUCAACCAAUACCUGACGGUCCUGGCCACCAUCGGGUCUCCCCGACCCGCCGCUCCCCGGCCCCCUUCCGCCCCUGCUGAGGAGCCCACCACCCUGCGCUCACCCGGCAGCCCCUCGGCACCGGCGACUGCCGGCACCGCCGCCGGCUCCACCGCGGCUACCGAUCCCACCGUGCCAGCGGGCGCCGAAGGCUUCACCGCCGAGGAGGAAGAGGAGGAAGACGAUGGUGGCGAAGGCUCAUCCUCGCUGGAUGAACCCGACACGGCGGAGCUUCGCCGCCGCAGGCUACAGAAACUGGCGUCGCCGCCGCCAGCCUCGCACUGACGACAGCGGUUGUGCCGCGGCCGCGCCACCGACACCGUUUUGGGGGCGUUUUGGGUGUUUCUGGACCCUCGGGCGCCACGAUCCGGACAGCACCUCUUUUUCUGCCUUUUUUUCCCCCUAUUUUUCCACUAAAACCCCCAUCCGGAAGCAAAACCGGUUCCUGGCUCCGCCCGUCGGUAUCCCUAAAACAUCGACGGCCUGUUUGCCACGGCGCCCUGGCAAAAAGUUGCGUUUCUUGACUCGUUUUACCCCCUUUUUCUCUGUUUUCUCCCCAGUUCUCUCUACCUCUCCAGCGAGCCGGGAUCCGGUGUGUGUUUCAGAGCCGGCGGUUGCGUGUUUUGGGGUAACCGUGCCCGUUUUAGCGUGAUAAUUAGGGAACAGGGAGUUUGAUCGCAGUGAUAGUGACCAAGCGAAUGCCGGCGCCGCUUGAAAUUGCUCAAAAUUGCCCAUUUUUAACCCAAAGUCUUCUCCGGGUGCUCCGGGCUGCAGAGUGGCAUCAACGCAGCCGAAACCGCCACUGGCUGCGCCCGCUUCCAGUUGCCGUUGCUCUGCCGGGGUGCCGGGGAUUUUGGGGGGGGCACCCCCUGGCUCUCACCUGAUUCCCUCUCGUUAGCAAAUGAGCUCGUUAACAGUAUUAACGCACCCUCCCCCCGGGAAAGCUGCUUCCCGCACCCAAAUAUCCCCGCCUUGAAGCCCGUCGGGCAAAUGCGGUGCCACCCGGCGACUUAAUAAACCCCCGAGUCCUCCACCUGCCCCUGACCGGUCCCUCACUGGUGCCAUGGCACGCCCAAACUGGUUUUUACUGGUUUUGUUCUGCCGAUGGCACUAGGAAGUGGAUUUUUUUUUGGUUUCCUUUGGUCACCGUUGCCUCCCAACGGGCCCAUUUUGGUCUGGUUUCCUUCCCCGGCGGUCGGUGAUGGCUCUGGGGCCGCGUUGGUGUGGUGAACCCCCCCCCCGGCGAGGCACCGCCGGCGCCUUUGCUGAGAAAAAGUGCGGCGCCACCGCCUCUUCCACCGUGUUUCUCCUCCGCGCCGGCACCACCGCAACACUUCAGUGCCUCUUUGAACCGAAAAAGGGCUUCCCGGGCCCAAAUAUCUCAGGGAAAAACUAAAACCGCGGUUGGAGACGGCGACAAACCCAAGUGUUUUGGGUCACAAAAUGGCGUGUUUUGCACCGAAACCACUGGCGGUGAGAGGACGGUGUAGGGUGAGGAGCCGGCGGUGGGUGAUUUUGGGGCUUUUUUCGGGGUGGGAAUGGUUGUUUUCAGUAACAAGGCUGAUUUUUCUUCUCCUCCCUUAAAUUUUUGGCACUCGUUGCCCCAGACUUGAGCGUGUUAACAAGGAAUGUGGCAAUAACGAAGCGGUGACAGGAGAAGGGCGAGCAGCCGCUUCUGGGAGUUGAUUUUUUUUUUUUUUUAACCCUAAUUUAUUGUAUUUUUUUUCUUAACCCUUUUGAGCCAAAUUAAUGAAUUUUUGUGGCCGGUUCUGUUUGAUGUUGGGAGGUUUUUUUGGUGGAUUCCUCAAAAUUUCCUUCAUUUUGGGGUGAAAACCACCGCGAGGGCAGGAACGGAGACACCCAGAGGAACGCGCUGGGGCCGUUUGACCCCAAACCCGCUCCCUUUCACCCCAAAACUGUUUCCUUUCCCUUUCGGGCAGCAUUGGAGGAAUUAUUUAAUUUGUAAAUAAUGUAUAAAUUUUUAAUAGCUUAAUUGUAAAUACAGCGGAAUAAAGGUUGCAGUAAAGCUU